AUCUAAAAUAACAUUAAUAUAAAAUUUUAACUAAUUAAACGAUACAAGUUCAGCCUGAAGAUAAUAAUUAGACAAUAUCGUUGUAACGGAGUAAAAAAAAGUCUUGAAAUAAGUUAAAUCGCAGAAUUGUAAUAUAUUGUUCUAAGGAGUAAAUUCUAGUAUCUUAAGAUCUUCGAUAACGAAAUGAAAAUUUCUGAGCUUCCAGGUGAUGAGGAGUCGGGGUUGACAUGCCGCACAUAUGUAUUCCAGGAUGAAAGUCACACAUUAGGCAAUGCAUUAAAAUGUAUAAUCAAUAGAUAUGAGGAUGUUGACUUCUGUGGAUACACAGUACCACAUCCAGCAGAAUCUAAAAUGCACUUCAGAAUACAGACUAAAGAAACACCAGCCCUCGAAGUGUUAAAAAGAGGUCUCAAAGAUUUGCAAAAAGUUUGUGAUCACACAAUAGAUCUUUUUGACAAAGAAGUAAAAGAAUUUAAUAAAACUUAGCAAUUU